AGUUUUCCUUAAGCCCAAUGUCUGGUUAGAUUUUGGCCAGGAUACAGAAAAUAUCUUGAAGAGUUAUAUAUUGAGCAUUAAAAAAAUCCCAUCUGCUGAAAAGUCAGUUAUAGCCGUGGUCUUAAGAAGUGCAGUGAAAUGUUUUACUCCCACCCAGCUACUGGUGCACAAUAAUCUUGCCAGAAGAAUAUAAAAACCUCCAAAGAAGAGAAACAAAGUUAAACACAGUUCUUGGCUACAUGGCUCAGACAUAAUGAGCUGGCCCUCCUGGUUAAAUUCACACAGGCAGGCAUGGGAGUGAUGGAUGCCUGUGUUUUCCCUUGCCUUGUCUUGAAACAAAGGUCAGGCAACAUUUAAAAGACCAAAGGAGAAUCAAAAGAUUCUUGAUUUCCUUUUUCUUUUUUUUUUCUUUUUUUUCUUUAGGGACAUGCUGGUAAAAUGAUCUUACAUUCUUGCUCUGCAACCUGGGAUGCAUUUCUGAUAAGCUUGACGGGACUCCUGCACCUCCUAAUGCACAGCUGAAGGAUUUCAUUGAAUUUCCAAAUCCGGAUCAGAGACCCAGCUGGAGAAACCCGGCCAAACUCCCCCAAGAGCAGCCAAAACCAGCACAGAUCUGGCAAGGUAUGUCUGUUUAUUUGUUUAUUUUGCAGGCUAUAAUGUUGCUCACCCUCCUCCUACUCCCUUUGUUAAAACCAGCCACUGUUCCCUGUUGAAGCAGUUUAACCCCCUGCUUCCCAGCGUUUCAUACAUCCCUCAUUCAGCCAGUCCUGGGUCCUGCCUGUGUCCCUCGACAUCUCCCUCAUUCCUGCAGGGAACAUCCACCCUAUUUACUAUUUUAAUAAUCCUGCAGAGAGAAAACCUUUGUUUCCCCCGCCUUCCCUGGUCUGAGCAAGUGCUAAUUGCUCAGACACGCAACGCGCACACACAGAAGCAUCAUGUUGAUCUGAUUGCAAAUCCUGGUACGUCAGCGACACAGAGACCCUCCUCCAAUUCGGAUUAGAGGGAAGAGGCUCAGCAGUGCAAGCAGCAGGUGCUGAAGGAGGCAGCGGAGCCGCUUCCCAGGGAAAGCAAGCACUGUGCCAGUGAAACAGCAGCCAUCCCUCAGGUCCUCCAAGGGCUGUGAACAGCCAGCCAGGCACGAAAUUCCCCCUUCUGCCUCUUUGUUCCUGCCAGCCUCAGAAGAACUAUCACUGCAGACAGCUGAACGGGAGCCACUCAAAUCCCCCAGCAAGGAAAAGCCAAAGCUCACCAGAAUGCUCUCGGAAAAAAGAGUUCCUUGACUUAUUUAGAAAGUCAUCAUUCUCUUGUUUGCUUGGUUCAUGGAGCUUUAUGUCUUCAAAACAUUUUUUUCUCCCAUCAACACUUCCAAAUCUAAUUUCUCCAACAGGGGGGAGAGGUAAGUUAGGUGAUCCAUGAAGCCUCACAACUCACCUUUGGAAAUAAGCUGCAUCUAAAUGAGGUAACACCUGCUUCUCACAGGAGGGGGAAAAAAACCAACCAAACAAAACCCCUCUCACUUCUGGACUAGCAAGGCUUUCAGUGGCAUCUGAGGAGGCAGUCUGUGAUCAGUAGGCAUGGGAAACAUCUCCUUUUGGGAUGAUAUGAACAGCUCCUGCGGCAACGCAGGCAACAGCUGCUAUCUGGAAAACAGCAUGAGGUUCAACUUCACCCUCCAAGAGCAGGAAGCUGAUUUCUACAUUGUUCUGCCCGUGAUCUACUCUGUGAUCUGUGCUGUGGGGCUCACAGGCAACACUGCUGUCAUCUAUGUGAUCCUCAAGGCCCCCAAGAUGAAGACUGUGACCAACAUGUUCAUCCUGAACCUCGCUAUCGCUGAUGACUUGUUCACCCUUGUCUUGCCCAUCAAUAUUGUGGAGCACCUCCUCCGCUACUGGCCCUUCGGAGAAAUCCUCUGCAAGGUCAUCUUGUCCAUAGAUCACUACAAUAUCUUCUCCAGCAUUUAUUUCCUGACAGUGAUGAGCAUAGACAGGUACCUGGUGGUACUGGCUACAGUCAGGUCCAAGAGGAUGCCCCACCGCACGUACCGAGCAGCCAGGAUUGUCAGCCUGUGCAUCUGGAUCCUGGUCACCAUCAUAGUCCUCCCUUUCAUCAUCUUUGCCAAUGUCUACACCGACGACCUGGAGAUCAAGAGUUGUGGUCUCAAUUUCCCCAAGCCUGAGAGGUUUUGGUUCAAAGCCAGCAGGAUCUACACCCUCAUCCUUGGCUUUGCCAUUCCAGUGUCCACCAUCUGCAUCCUCUACACCAUGAUGCUGUACAAGCUGAGGAACAUGCACUUGAACUCCAAUGCCAGAGCCCUGGACAAAGCCAAAAAGAAAGUCACCAUUAUGGUCUUCAUAGUUCUGGCUGUGUUCCUCUUCUGUUGGACCCCCUUCCACUUGGCCACCAUCGUGGCUUUGACCACGGACUUACCCCAGACUUCCAUGGUCAUUGGGAUAUCCUACUUCAUCACCAGCCUAAGCUAUGCCAAUUCAUGCUUGAAUCCUUUCUUGUACGCUUUCCUGGAUGACAGCUUUCGGAAGAGUUUCCGGAAAUUGCUGGAAUGCAGAACUUCUUGAACAGGGGUUUGGGGCUGGCAGGUCCCUCCCCUUCUGGGGCUUUUCAGGGGCAACUUUGCAGACUGAAGGGGCAGUCAAUGAAUGCACAAUGUUCUUUCUUUCGUUUACGUGUAACGUGUGGUCUGUUUGUAAUCCCCAUCAGCAAUAGGAUUUGUCCUGCCCACUUGCAACUCUUGUAUUUCCCCUCUUUGCUCCUACCAGUGUCUCAGAGUUGCAUUUUUAUACCCUGAUUUUUAAUUUCACCCUCUGAAUUAUUAAGGACAGAACGUUUCCUUUUCAGGGAUGUGCUUCUGCCACAGAAUGGUCCUUUGUUGCCAUCUGCUGUACAGCACAGACAGGCUGGGGCCAAUUUCCAGAUGAGUGCCAAGCUCAGUUCUUUAUCACUGUGUUAUUAGGGAGGAUUGUUUAAUGGAGCAGAGCUAAUGAGCACUUCCAGUGAAACAUCAAUAAAACAGAGGAUGAGUAUUUGGAAGAGAAAAGAAACUAUAUUCAUGUUCAUGUAUGUUCCUGUGUGUUUAUGGUUUCUUUUGAUUUUUGAAGGAUGCCCAUCUUCCACCCCACCACAAAUUUCCUCUUUUCUGACUUGUUAAAUUUAGACCAAAAGGAAGAUUUAAGUCUCAAAAAUACUGCUAAACAGCACACCAUACAAAUACUAUGACAACUGUGAGAAUUUGUGUUAGAAAUUAUUUUGAAUUAGUUGUUCCUGUUAAGUGUCAAAUACAUAUUUAUUUAAGAGUGAGUAAUGAAAUAAACCUCAUGGGGGAAAAAGACUUGUGCUUCUUUCACAAGAGAAAAUUUAUGCUACUUGUGCCAUGUCUUAGCUAUAUACAUUGCAUUUUGCCUAUUAUAAAAAAAAAUAAAGGUUUGUAACAA